UGAUUCUGGAAACGUCGUGCAGGUGUCGUUAGAUGCCAAUGCUCGCGUUACAUUAUAACCUGUAUUGUUGACAACUAUUUGUCAACAAGAUGACAUUAAUCGAAUAUAAUUACUAAACGUCUAAUUGCAGCAUUUUGACAGAUAAUCAUAUUGAUCUGUCUAAGAGAUCAAUCAGCUGUGAGAUUUAUACAUAUCGUUAGAUACAAAAUAUUUAUGAAAUUUUUGUACUAUGCUGAAUAAAUGUAAUAUAUGAUUACACUAUCUGUCAAAUUUAGUGUCAAUUGAAACUUUGUGUAGUUCUGCAUAAUAAAAGAAAAAUGUUGAAUCGCUUUAAAUCAGCGUUAAUGAGUGCUGUGGGCGCAAGCGAGCUAGGCCUACAGUACCCUAAUGAUUCGGAUAAUGAUAUGAUGACAGAUUAUAUUAACUCUAAUUAUGUCAUGGAAGUAGAAAACAAGCCUUAUAGUCGUCCAAGUUUUCUAGGCUUGACAGCUGAAGAGACACAGGUGAGUGCAGAUCACAGAGUAAGGCCUAUAAUAGUUCCAAGGGAUCUUAGUCGUUUGCCAUGGUGUGCUGGCUAUGCAGAAUGUAUAAAUGCUGGAAAGAGUACUUGGAAUGAGGACCAAGCUUCUGCGACACGCGGAGAUCUAAAAUUGUCAGAUGUUAAUGUCACACUGCCUUAUGUUAUGUUUUCAAUGUUUGAUGGCCAUGCAGGGUAUCAAGUUGCUCUUACAGCAAGAUUACAGUUACAUAGAAUAAUUCUUGAAAGGUUACUGGCUAUACCAGCUAAUAUGCUACUGAAUGAAGAUGGAAACGAGCUGAUUAAGGGCAGAGACCUAGUUACAGGUGCUAUAGAAUUAGCAUAUAGACAAAUGGAUCAAAUGGUAGAUGUGCAAGCUCAAAAUGGUGGCGGUGGUUGUACAGCUAUUACAAUUUUAUUUCUUAAUGGAAGGCUAUAUGCAGCAGGAGCUGGUGAUUCAAGGGCUGUGUUAGUUUUGGGGGAAGAACAACGUGCUCUCACCAGAGAUCAUACUCCAGAUUCUGAAUCAAAUCGUGUCAGAGCUUUAGGCUUUCUAAGAAGCAAUGAGUUGCUCAAAGGCCAUUUUACUCCAUUGGAAUUUAGAAAAAGACCAUUACAAAAGGAAUUGGGAUCUAUGGUUUUGUAUCGAGAACCUUUUAUGACAGGUUGGGCGUAUAAAACUUUAACACAUCCAGAUUUAAAAUUACCGCUCAUUUCAGGACAUGGAAAAAGGAGUAGAGUAAUGGGAACAAUAGGUGUAACUAGAGGUUUUGGAGAUCACGGUUUAAAAGCAGCGAACACUGGUGUUAAUAUCAAACCAUUUCUAUCGUCACAACCUGAAAUACAGUCUCUAGACUUGGACAGUUGCAAUCUUACCGAAAGAGAUUGCAUUAUUGUUGCCACGGAUGGGCUCUGGGAUGUAGUAUCGGAUAAAACAGCGGCAGCAAUACUUAGAAAGACACUUGCACCUGAUACUCCAUCAUUAGAAUACAGACUGACAAUGGGUGCUCAAGAAUUAGUGCAAGCGGCGAGAGGUCGCUUAAUCGGCAGAGUGUGGAUGGGAAAACCCGAAAAUCCUAACGAAACAGACGAGAAAUCCUCACCUAUAGCAUCGGUAGACGAUAUUAGUGUAUUAGUAGUACCUUUAUAUCCUUAUUUAUGUGAACAUAAACAGUGGCUAAAAACGACGCAACAAGAACGAAAAUAUGCUGCGGAUUCUCUAACAACAAUAUGCUUUGAUUAUCCUAUAUCUAACAGAUCAACUGAUAAUCCUGCAUAAUGAAUCAUACGAUUAUCCAAUCAGAUCUGAUUUCAUCUAAUUUACAAUGUGAAAUAAGAAAACGAUGUUAUUAUCUAA